AUGGCCAACGCUCUGCUGCCCGCUUCCAGCGAUCAUGACUACCUCUUCCGCCUUCUGCUGAUAGGGGAUUCCGGUGUCGGCAAGUCGUGCCUCCUGCUGCGUUUCGCAGACGACACCUACUCUGACAACUUCGUUGCCACGAUUGGCGUCGACUUCCGCAUCCGGACCAUGUUCCUGGAUGGCAAGAAAGCCAAGACGCAGAUUUGGGACACUGCCGGUCAGGAGCGGUUUCGCACCAUUUGCGCGAGCUACUACAGAGGUGCACAUGGGAUCAUCGUCGUCUUCGACCUCACAGACCGCGAAUCCUUUCACAACGUACGCCACUGGUUGGAGGAGAUUGAGAAGUACUCACAGCCUGGGAUCAACAAGAUGCUUGUGGGCAACAAGUGCGAUAUGGCUUCCAAGCGAGCAGUCACCUACGACGAGGCUCGUGAGCUUGCAGACGAGCUCGGGCUAAGAUACUUGGAAACCAGCGCCAAACAUGCCCACAACGUCGACGAGGCCUUCACGCAGAUGGCCAAGGAGAUCAAAGACCGGGUCUCAAAGGAAGCUCCUCCAUCGAGCACCCCGACGAGGACAAUCUUGGGACCUGGACGCCGGAUCUCCGCAACGAACUGUUGCCAGUAG